UGGCUCAAAGAGAACGAGAACCGCUUCACCGGAAGAAUAUAUCCGCCAAUUAUGACACAAAUCAAUAUGAAUCGCAUUGAAUGGGCGAAGUAUGUGGAGUCAGCCAUCAGUAAGAAUGACUUGAUUUCGUUCAUCUGCGAGAAUGGCGAUGACCUCAAGAUCUUCACCCAAUGUCUUAAGCAAGAGCUCAACAUUAGGGUGAAUGUGGUGUUGGCGCCCACGCAGAGCGCCGACAGUUUUGUGCCAAACUUUGAGAUCAGUUCCUUCAAGAGGUACGGCAUCUUCGCCACCAUUAAGGACAUGUUCACAGCGCCCGACAAAGUGAUGGCAUUCCUGUGUAAGUCCGCAGCACUCCAUAACAUACCGGUCGGCGACCACAAGACGGAGCAGUCGUUGGAGAAUCUGAUGUCGAACUCCAACUUCAGACGCCUUUAUACGGAUCACGUGAUGCAUGUGAUCAAUGUCUCGCGUUAUGACAAACAGAAGGUGACCCACAGUCAAGCCAUUCCUGUGGCCAAGUAUUUGAAUCUCACUAUCGAUGAGAAGCAAUUGGCGGACAUUAAGCAGAAGAUUAUCCAUUUGACGGAUAAGAUAACAGAUAUUCGCAAAAAGGGCGAAGAAGUGGACAAAACGAUCGCCGAUUUGAACGAUAGGUUGAAUGAAAUGAAGAAUAAAAAGCGAGUUCUGGAGAACAAGAAGAAUGAGAAAAGGAUUUUGGAGACCAAAAUGGCGGAGAAAAGGGAGCAAAUCUCGCGACUCGACAAUCACGCCAUCGAUUUGGCGACUGAAAAGCUAAAAGUGGAGCAAAAGUUGCAGCGAUUCCAAGAUCUUCAGCUGCAACUGAUGGCCCAAUUGGUGGAAACAGUGACCGAAUGCGCGCAACUCAAUCAACUCAAACUGAAAGCCAUUUUGAACGAGACAUUUGUGAUGAAACGCAAGGCCGAGGCCGAGAAGAAGUUGGCCAACGCUUCCAAUCAGUUCAAUGACAUCAAAGAGGAGCUCAAACGGCUGGAGCGGUCGCUGGAUGUGUUGAAAAGAGCGGCCAAAGAGCUGAGAGAUGCGGCCAAAGAGAUCUCGGGCUUCGAUGUGAACAACUGUUCGGAUGAAGUGCGGCAACGGUUCGACGCGAUGCCCAAUACCGUCGAAGAGAUCGACAACCAGUCGGGAACUCUUCGGCUGCGGAUGAAUAGCAUCUUAGACGCGGACGACUCGGUCAGAGACCAGUACAACGAGCGGCGCAGGAAUAUCGAGAAAAGGCGUCGCGAUUUGGACGCAAAGAAGUCGGAGAUGACUGCGAAGCAGAGGCAGUUGGAUGAGCUGAAGGACCAGUGGCUGCCGGCACUCGAACUGCUCAUCGAUAAGAUUAACAACAAUUUCGGCAAUUUUAUGGCUCGACUCAACUGCGCCGGUGAAGUGGCCCUCUUUAAGCCCAAUGAUCUGGACCAGUUCGAUGAGUACGGCAUUUCCAUUAAAGUGAAGUUCCGGGAGACGGAACAGCUCCGGGAGUUGACGUCAUUCCAUCAGUCCGGUGGGGAACGCAGUGUCUCCACAAUGAUAUACAUGAUAGCCAUUCAGGAGUUGACUAAAGUUCCCUUCCGGUGCGUCGAUGAGAUCAAUCAGGGAAUGGAUGAGAAUAAUGAGCGUUCGGUGUUUGACUUGAUAUCCGAGACGUCCAGCAGUAAUAACAGUCAAUACUUCCUGUUUUCACCGAAACUGUUGAGUGACUUGAAGUACACGCAAGAGAUGACGAUUCACAUCAUAUUCAACGGCCCGCACAUGGAGUUCGACUGGUCUCGCAUGGAGUCACUCUUCGAUGAGGAAGAGGACGAGUAGUUGGGGCAGUGGUCACAGACAUCUGUCCACUGGACAGUCAUACUCUCACACACACACGUGAUAGUCAUUGCAUUUCAAAGACAUUAAUUUAUAUUCUACUUAUUAUCGCAUUUAUAAAACGAUUUAAAGUAUUGUUCAAUUAUUAUUAUAAUUUAUAUAUCUAUUCCCAUAAUUGCC